UGCACCGCUGCCGUGCUUCGUGUCCACGUCAAAGCUGACAGCCAUCGUCGCUGCUGCCGAGCCGAUAAUGGCUGCAGUUGAGGUGGCACUUUGUGGACGUCGCGUUGUAUAAACUGGCGAAAACGCGAAGUGACCUCGCCGCUGAGGACACGGACUUGACCCGGAGCCGCGGCUCGAGCCGUUAACGGACGAACUGCGGGGUCUCGCGCAGCGGUUCGCCGCUCGUCUUGAACAUUUCGCUCAGCCAAGCGAUCAGCUGUUAUUAGACGAGGAAUGUGGUAGCUGCGCGGCUGUCACUCUGGGAAACCACUUCGUUUCCCGAGGUUAAAGUGGAUUUUCCAGUUGCUCGCGUGUGUGCUGUGGUUCAGCGUUUAUGCGUGAGCUCGAUGGUCGACGCGUUUGCUCCUCAACCGAAGCUAAGCUAGCCCCCCUCGCCCCCUCCGCCCUGCUUUGCUUUGUUUUGGUUUGGUUCCUAGCCCCUGACCAUGUCGUCGUGGCUGGGGGGACUGGGCUCCGGCCUCGGCCAGUCGCUGGGCCAGGUCGGCGGAAGCCUGUCGUCUUUCACUGGCCAGAUAUCUAACUUCACCAAGGACAUGCUGCUGGAAGGAGUGGAAGAAGUAGGAGAUGCUGCUACUGAACUGCACAUGUCUAAUUCCAAGUUGGCUGAAGUCCAGGCUGCAUUUGUCACACAGAAAUCUGAGUAUGACCGAUUAAGAAAGCUUUAUUCAGAGCUAGAAGAGAAGCUUGAGGCAUCAGAGAUUCAAAAUAAACGCCAGUCUGCAGAAUAUAGAACUGUUCUGCAACAAAAAGAUGUGGAGAUCAGUCACCUUAAAGCUCGGCAGAGUGGCCUCCAGGAAGAGGUCCAGAAGCUGCAGCAUUCGGCCCAGUCGGCCUCCGCCGGCCCAGCACUGCUCCCCGUCACCACUGCUUCCUCCGUCACUACCUCCUCUUCUGCUUCCUCCUUCCUGUCCCGCCCCUCAGCAUCUCACCAGGGCUUCCAUGGCGACGAGGUGGAUCUCAGCGACGUUAUCUGGUCGCAGCAAGAGAUCAACAGGCUGUCGACUGAAGUCACGCGGCUAGAGGCAGAGCUCGCCCACUGGAGGCGAAUGUCCCAGGCAUCAACAGCAGCAGGAGCUGGAAAUGGUGAUCAUGGUGAGACUGUGAAGCUUCAUAGGACCAUUAAGGGGCUGCGGGAGGAUAUGAGUCGCGAGGUGGAUGAGCACCAGCAUGAACUGGCAGCCCUGCAGGACGCGCAGCGGCAGAAACUGGCCGAUAUCACCCGGCGGCACAGAGAGGAGCUCGCCGAGUAUGAGGAGAGGAUAGAGGAAUUGGAAGACCAGAUUCAGAGUGGUGGUGGGCAAACCAGCUCUGAACUCCAGAAAACCAUUCGCUCCCUGCAGGAAGCGGCAGAGCAGCGGGAGAAGCGGCUGGCCGAGCUGUCCGCCAGCCUGGAGGAGACGCAGAGGGAGCGGGCGGACGUCCAGGAGGAAAACGCGGGGCUGCUGCAGAACUACACGCGGCUGCAGGCGUCUGUGGCCGAGCUCCAGACGCGAGUGCAGGAGCAGGAGGAGAAGGCCAUGCAAAAAGCCCAGCUAGACCUCGAGAUCCAGAUGUUAAGAGCUAACCUUACAGCUGCAGAAACAGAAAUAGAGCGAUUGAAAAACCAGACAGGGCUGGAACCAAACGAAGAGGUUGAGCAUGCAGAUAUCUUGGAGCUAAACACUAUUAUUGAUUCGUUAAGGGAAGAAAAAGAAGUCCUGGAGCAAGAGAAGUUUAAAUUAGAAGAAAAACUAAAAAUUGCAGAGGAGCAAAUAGUUGGCAAAGACGGAGACGGGUUUGGAGAAUCCGAGUCGGUGGAGGGUCUUAAGAUAGAGUUGGAAAGAAGAGAAAAAGCCCUGAGAGAUGCUGAGAAGGAACGAGACACCUUGAUCUGUGAGCUGGAAGAGUUGGACGGGCAAAACCAAGAGGCAACACAGCACAUGAUCUUGGUGAAGGAGCAGCUCUCGGGACAACUGAAGGAGGCUGAGGCAGAGCUGACAAGGCUGAGCGCAGAGCUCAGCACAGCCAAAGACCAGAAGAGGAAACUGGAGCAAGAGCUCGAAAGCCAGAAAGACAAAAUGAGCCAAAGUGCUUUCACUCUGAAUGACCUUCACAUGACCAAACAGCAGCUGGAGAGAACUGUGAAUGAUCUAAAGGACAAACUGGCACGUGCACAGGAGCAGAGCAGGGAGUCAUGUAGGGAAAUCACUGAGCUGAGGAAGUUGAUGCUGGAGAGAGAGGAGCAACUGUCUUCUGCCAACGCGGAGCUGGAUUGUGCACGGGAGGCCGGAGGUGAAGCAUUCGGUGCUGGAAUAGAGCUGGCGGGGAAGGAGAGCGAGCUGUCAGAUCUCCGGAGAGAGCUGAACGAGCUGAGAAGCUCUCGGGAGAAGGUGCAGUCUGAGGACUACGAGUUGAAGGUGGAGAACAAGAAGCUGAAGGCAGGGUGUGAGCAGGCUCUGGGCAAAGUGGAAGAACUCACCGUGCACAUGAAGGAAAGCCAGGCGGCGCUGAACAGGACAGUACGAGAGAAGGACACGCGCAUCGAAGCCCUUAAACUGGAGAAGAAUCAGUUGGAUGGGGAGUUGAGGCAGGCCGAGAGGACGCUGGCCGAACAGGCCAGGCAGUACCAGCAGACGCUCGAGGGUUUGACCCGAGCCCGGUCCAUGGACGCCUCUGCCUUACAGAUGGAGCACGAGCGCGCCGUCAAGCUCAACCAGGACAAGGACUUAGAGAUCGCUCAGUUGAAGCGAGACAUAGAGCAGCUGGCGUCAGACCAUAGGGACACCAACGAGAUGCUUUCCAUCACAGUUGCAGGGCAGAAGCAGCUGACGGAUCUGCUGCAGGAGAAGGACGCGUUCAUGGACACUCUGAAGCAAAACGCUGCUGAUCUGCAGACGGAGAUGGAUGAUAAGCUCUCAGCUGCCACCAAAGAAGCUGAGGCUGUCAGACAGGCGCUGGAGGAGAAGGAUAAACAGCUGGGAGGGAUGAAGGAGGAGAACAGCCAUUUAAAAGAGGAGAUCGACCGCCUCAGGGAUCAGCAGACCCGGCCGCAACCUCUGGCUGAGCCCAGGACUCUGGAUAUAAUCACAGAGCUGGAGACGGAGAUUACCCAGCUCAAGUCCUCCGGGAAGACUCUGGAGGAGGAGGUCCAGACUCUGAGGAGAACCUUGGAGGAGCAGCAGGCCUCGCUCCUUCUGUCGCAGCAGUCCCUUCAGGCUCAGCAGAGCGAGCUGGAGCAGGCGCAUUCUCGCCAUCGGCAGACGGCUCUCAACUACGACAGGCUCAUCCAGGCCAGGGAGGAGGAGAUCGCACGGCUCCAGCAGACUGUGGACGAGCUUGGCGAGAGUCGCGGCCGCGCCGACUCGCCGCCCGUGCAGGGAGAGGUCAUUCUGCAGGAGGACAAGACGCAGAAUCUGAACCAGGAGAAUGGCAACGAGAAGCACGACCUGUCCAAGGUCGACAUAGAGAGACUGGUGAGGGGCAUCAAAGAGAAGGAGUCCGAGAUCAGCCAGCUUAACGAGAAGAACCUCUCGCUGGCCCGGCAGCUUGACCAGCUGGUGGUGUCUCGGGAUGAAGUGGCUAAACUUUCCCAGGUGAUCCUGCAGAAGGAUAUGGAAAUCCAGGCCCUUCACGCCAGAGUCUCCAUGGGCGCAGGCGGGGGACACAGCCAGGACGUCCUGUUCCUGCAGCAGCAGCUGCAGGCGUACGCCGUGGAGAGAGAGCAGGUGCUGGCCGUGCUCAACGAGAAGACCCGGGAGAACAGCCAGCUCCGCUCCGACCAGCACCGCCUCAUGGACAUCAUGGCAGGGAAGGAGGCGGCCUUGGUGAAGCUUCAACAGGAGAACCAGCGCCUCUACAUGAAAGACCCCUCAGGAAACCAGGAGAUGUUCAAGGAGACCAUCCAGAACCUGUCUCGCAUCAUCAGGGAGAAGGACAUCGAGAUCGAUGCUUUAACACAGAAGUGCCAAACCCUGGUGACGGUCCUCCAGACCUCAGGAGGAGAGUCCAGCGCCAGCUCCGGGGGCGUUAGCAGCAACCAGUUCGAAGAGCUGCUGCACGAGCGGGACACGCUGAAGCAGCAGGUGAAGAAGAUGGAGGAGUGGAAGCAGCAGGUCAUCACCACCGUCAAGAACAUGCAGCACGAGUCGGCUCAGCUGCACGAGGAGCUGGUCACGCUGCAGGGCCAGGUGUCGGCCGACAGCGACUGCAGCUCCAAGCUGUCGGUGGACUACGCUCGGCUGAUCCAGAGCUACGAGCAGAAGGAGAGGCGGCUGGGAAGCCUGAGUCAGGAGCUCGCUCAGGUCCAGCAGACCAUCACCGAGCUCAGCUCCACCAAAGAUGCCCUGCUGGGGAAACUGGACUGCGUGACGCAGCCUCCUGAAGCGGCGCCGGCUCAGGCUAGCGUCACGGUCACCGCCGAUGUAACAAGCCAGCAGACAUUAACAGGAAACGAGGCCAAGCUUCAGGGAGAACUCGCACGGUUGCAAGCGCUUAUAGCUGAGAGGGAGAACACGAUCCGGACGCUUCAGGAGGUCAACCACCGGCUGUCGGAUUCAGCGUCGGCCUCCGAGAGCGAGCAGAGGAGCACAGUCGAGGAGGUCCGGCAGACGCGGGAGCGGCUGGACGCCCUGCAGAGGUCCGUGAAGGAAAAGGACUUGUUGAUCAAAACCAAAGGGGACCAGCUGGUCCAGGUCAGCGAGGCGCUGCGCAACCGCGACAAUGACAACGAGGUGCUGAAGCAGGCCGUGACCAACUUGAAGGAGCGCACGCUCAUCCUGGAGAUGGACGCGAAGCAGCUGAAGGAGGAGAACGAGCUGGUGGCCGCUCGCUCGCGGGAGAAGGAGUCGGAGUUCAGGGCGCUGCAGGAAACCAACAUGCAGGUUUCCCUCCUGCUGCGGGAGAAGGAGUUCGAGCUGAGCGCCAUGAGCGAGAAGUCUGCGACCGUGGAGAGGAUGCUGAAGGACAAAGAGCAGGGGAAGUCCGGUGAGCUGAAUCAGCUCCUCAAUGAGCUGAAGUCCAUGCAGGAGAAAGCUGUGGCCUUCCAGCACGAGAGGGAUCAGGUGAUGAUGGCGCUCAAACAGAAGCAAAUGGAGACAACGGCAGUGCAGGCCGAGCUGCAGCACACGAGAGAUAAAGAGCAGCGCCUCAACCUGGAGCUGCAACGGCUGCGCAACCACCUCCUGGAGAUCGAGGACUCCUACACGAGGGAGGCGCUCGCCGCCGAGGACCGGGAGACGGAGCUCCGCAGGAGGGUGGCGACGCUGGACGAGAGGCUGGCGACGUCGUCGAGCGCCGUGGAGAACGCCAGCCAGCAGGCCAGCAUGCAGGUGGAGUCCCUGCAGGAGCAGCUGAGCGGCGCCGUGAGGCAGCGGGACGGCGCCCUGGCUCAGCUCCGGACCUCGCAGGAGCAGGUCCAGCAGUACGCAGUGUCGCUCUCCAACCUGCAGAUGGUGCUAGAGCAGUUCCAGCAAGAGGAGAAAGCCAUGUACUCGGCAGAGCUCGAGAAGCUCAGGAGGGAGAAGGACGAGUGGAGAAGAAGAGCUCAGCAGCUGGAGGACCAAGCAUCUGCCCUCCAGAUGAAUCUCGACGAGGCCAACGCGGCUCUCGAUUCGGCGUCUCGGCUCACCGACCAGCUCGAUCUGAAGGAGGAGCAAAUGGAGGAGCUGAAAAAACAAGUGGACGUGAGACAGGAGAUGUUGGAGGAGGCACAGAAGAAACUGAUGAACCUCCUGAACAGCACAGAGGGGAAGAUAGACAAAGUCCUGAUGCGUAACCUGUACUUGGGCUACUUCCACACGCCCAAACCCAAACGCGCCGAUGUGCUGAGGCUCAUGGGAAGUGUGCUGGGACUCAGCCGAGAAGACGUGGAGAAGAUGUUAGCGGAGGACGGACAGCACGGCGUCACCGGUUGGAUGUCGAGCUGGCUGCGAGGCCGAGGAGCUCAGAGUGUCCCCAGCACGCCGCAGAGGCCCACCAGUGGCCAAGGGCUCAACAUUUCGUUCUCAGAGAUGUUCGUGAAGUUCCUGGAGAUGGAGUCGACUCCUUCGCUCCCCGCCCCGAGGCUUCCAGUCCACGACAUUAAGCCUCUGAGCGCUCCGCCCCCUAGACGGGCCACCGGCGCGGGUUCUGGCCCGGCCGCAGGUACAUGGCUGUCAGUGGUGGUGGUGGUGGUUUCAUUCUCCUCCAACGCCAAUGCCUUUAACGUAUACGUUUCCCUCACUGUGGCGGCAGCCGGCAGGAGACCCGGAGACUCCAACCCCUUCCUGGCCCCACGCUCCGCGGCCGUGCCGCUGCUGGCGGGUUCCGGCUCCGGCGGCGCUGGAGGCCACCUGCUGAUGAAGCCCAUCUCGGACGCGCUGCCCACGUUCACGCCGGUGCCGGUCUCCGCUGAGGCCAGUGCCGGAGCCGUGCUCAAAGACCUGCUAAAGCAGUAACCCGAGCCGUUACUCGACCUCUACACUACACGGACCGCGAUGUUAGAGCAGGUCUUCUCUCUGCUGCUCCUCUAGUUCCUUCAAAGUCAAAGGUCUGAUAUUUAACAAAGAUGAUCCCUGUGUUCGUCAGGGGGAUGAAACAAAAUAUAUUUUUAGAAGUUGUACUUGCAAUUAUUGCUCUAUGCAAGAGACUCUCCCUUUACACAGAAGAUAUGUUUUCCCAUUUUUCGUUUAAUAAAUGAGCUGCAGGUUGGAAAAAGUUUAACGAAGCGCGUCUGCUUGCAAUAAGAUUUAAAAAUUGUCGAUCACUGAGACGAGUCACUUCUCACACUUUCAUCUCCGCUCAUCACUGUUUGUGGCCUGACUCGACUGAGCCCUUCGCUUUCCGGGAGAAAACCCCGGAACCUCACUUUGCAUCCUUUAACUUUCGUUGAAGGUCUCUUGUUUCAACAACACGCUCAGCCUUUCCUGAUCCAGAACCUACCUAAGAACCCAGACGACUCCAGGCUGAAUAGAAAUUUAUGUGCUUCAGUACAUCUGUUAAAACCAUAAGGACACUUUUGCCAAAUCUUGUUUUUUUUCCAGGCAUCCAGACAGUGAUAUGCAACAAGCGGUGUUAUUACGGCUGUAACUGCCGACUGUGGUUUAUCAGAAGCCUGAGUCUGCUCCUUUGAGUAAAUACUGUUAUAUAGUUAAUUAUAUAUGUGUGUAUGUAAACGGGCUGUGUUUUUUUUCUCUGCAUAGGCACUAUUGAAGGUCUGGAAGUCAAGUGCCUAUAUUUUUGCUAAUUAGAAUAUGUUGUAAAUGGUUAAUAUGAAAAUAUAUAUUUGCAAAAUGUAAAAACUGCAUAUUUAAAGAAAAGGAUCUACUUGACCACACUCUACAAAUCACCAGGUUAAACGUAGCCCGUGGCCUUUGGCUGAAGAUCGCCCCGCUGUGCGGAUCCAGUGACCGGUGCUGGUUGCUGCUGCUGAUCCCACGGUGGGUGACGGCUUUAACCCGGAUUUUCGCAGUGUGCAGGGACGGCUGGUGUACGGCAGCUUUGCACCGAGCUGCAGAAGGGAUGUUACAGGGUUGAUAGAACAGCAGUGGGAUUUUGGAUUCGACUGAAAGAGUGUUGACCGAAUUUGGAAUUUGCAGUCAAAUAAAGGCGUUUUUGACCCUU